UCGGUUUUUCUUUCCUUCCCGUGACUUGCUUCCGCUGCACCCCUAGCCACCAGCCCUGCCCGUCGUUGCUGCCAUAGCCAUGGAUUUCGGCGACUUCGCCUCUACUCCCAACUCCUCCCUCGCAUCCGGGUCCCAACCCUCCAACCCCUUUGCCGCUAGCUCUGUCAAUCCUGCUGCUCCUACUGCCACCGACAUCCAACUCAUCAACAUACGCAACCACGUCACCGUCAUCCUCGACUUCGACGAGUCCAACUUUUGCAUCUGGCAAACCUUCUUCAACCUCACUUUCCGCAAGCUCGGUCUUCUCGAUCACAUUGAUGGUUCCGUUGACGCUCUUAUGGCGCUGGGCGACGUCGAGUGGACCCAGAUCGAUCAAUGUAUCGUCUCCUGGCUAUACACCACUGUCUCCGAAGAUAUCCUCGAGAUCAUCAUCCGGCCCUCCGACACCGCCGCCAACGGUUGGACCGUCAUCACCGACCUCUUCCACGACAACCGUCUUCAACGCUCCUGCUUCGCCAAGCGAGACUUCCUCAACCUCGUCCAAGGAGAUCUCUCGGUGACCGCCUUCGCCAGCCGUCUCAAGUGUCUCUCCGACACACUUCGCGACGUGGGCACUCCGGUCACCGACCAGGACAUGCUCACCACGUUCAUCAACGGGCUGAACGGCGAGUUCGGCCACUGCAUCGCCGCCCUCACCAUCAACCCUGCUGGACUGACUUUCGCCCGUGCUCGUGGCGCUCUUUUGCAGGAGGAACGGUGCCUCGCCCGCCAUGCACAGCAUAUCCAGGCGACCGCCCUUGUCGCCAACCGCUUCUCCGGCCCCCCCACGCCUGCACCGCCGGCUGCCCCGGCGCCUCGCCCAACCGCGCCUGCUCCACCUGCUGCUGUCUCGGGUAGUCGCGGCCGUGGCAAGGGCCGCAAGAAACAGCAGCAACAGCAAGGCCAUGGUGCCCCUACCGGCGCCCCUGGCGCUCCUGCAGCGCGGGACUCGGCCGCGCUGUUUUGGCCCGUCGGCAGCUAUCCGCUGUCCGGCAUGUUUCAGGCGUGGCCACCGAACUGGCGUGCUCCAGGCGCCGGUCUUCUUGGCCCACGCCCUGGCGUCUCCACGCCCCAGGCGUACGCUGCCCAUAUAGGACAGCCGGGCCUUGGUGCUCCAGCGGUCUACAAUGGCUAUGCUCCAGCGCCUCAGCAGCAUCAACCCCCUGCAUGGGAUCAAACGCAGCUCCACGCCGCCCUCAACAACCUCUCCUUGCAGCAGGGCGGUGCCGGCGGCGGCGGCUCCAACUGGUUCUUUGACACAGGCGCGACUGCCCACAUGGCCAGCGAUCCCGGAUCGUCGUACCCGCGCGGUGAUUCUCCGAUGUAACAGCGACGACGAUCUCUAUCCGCAUGUCGCCAGCCAUCAAGCUCUUCUCGCCGGCACCACCGAUCUUUGGCACCAACGUCUUGGUCACCCCGGACAUGAUGCUCUUUCCAGAACACUUUCUUCGUUUGAUUUUACUUGUAAAAAAUCACCCCCUACAACGUGUCAUGCUUGUAGAUUGGGGAAGCACGUUCGUUUACCUUUCAAACAAUCCGAU